AUGUCACUUCCAAAGCAUUACACCAACGCUGCAACUCCCUCCCUAUCCUCAUCUCCCAGGCAAUUCGUCCGCGACCCUUCGAGAUCACCAGCUUCCCGCCCUCAGACCAUCGACCGACCUCCCACGACACAACCACCGGAACACGACCAGCAAACCUAUCUAGAUCAAAUAGAGAACCUUCAAUACGAGAAUGAUGGCAUCGCAGAUAUUCCAACCGGCCACCGCCAACCCUUCCAACCAUUCUUCACCUUGGUCGAGGACGCAAACACGGGGGAAUACCAUCAUCCAACAGUCCACUACAUCUUCUCCGAUGACGACACGGAUAUCUUGACCGAGGCUGCUGUACGGUCACUAGAGUCAGAGCAGGAUAGUUCUACCGGCGGAAAAAGACCAACCUCGUCACGGCAAGGCGAAAGCGGCGAAGACGGAUCACGCUACAAUGAAGAGGAUGAGCUAUCGGGUCUGAGAAAGGACACUCUUUUACCACCUCCCAUCCCCGGGGUGCGGGAUAGCUAUAUCAUUCUUGAUGUAGAACCGACUGCCAGGACAGACACGAAUCCGAAUAACGCUGGCGGCACCAAUUCCAUCUCAACCUCGCCUGCAACGAACCCGGCAGCCAUUCCACAGCAGCGGAACCAGCAACCGCAGCAACAAACUCCCCAGUUCACGGUCACCUCAGCCCAAAGCCUUACCCCCGCAUGGCAAGUCCUCAACACCGAGCUAGUCCCGGCCCCAACAUUUGAGAACAACACGUCAGGCGAAAAACCGCUCAACGGAGGACUGAUGCUCAAAAUCCAUGGCACGCCCGGGCUAUCACCGAGUACGGCUUUGAAAGAGAAGGAUAAAGAACGGGGAAGUCAGCGACUGGAAGACAUGAUGGACCAGUUUGCGAAGCGGAUGAGUGAGCUUAGGCAGGUGAUAGAAGCUGGGGAACAUAUGCAUCACGAAUCGGAUAUGGAACAGCAGCAAAGAGAUGGAGCGGGAGAACAGGAUCAUGUUGGAGAUCAACAGAGUGCGGAUAAUGAUAAUAAUACUACGGCAGGAACGACAGAGCAGGAGCCGCCAGGGAAUCUUGAGCCCCGAUCCGAUGCACCUGGUGAAGCUCGAUGCGUGAAUACAACACGCAGCACGGGAGAAACAAGGUAG